AUGUGGGAUGAAGAGAGUGACAAUCCAACAGAGAUCAUCUAUGGUAAUUUUACAAAACCCAAUUCUCUCUUUGUGACAUCAAAUGGUGAUAUUUAUAUUGAUGAUGGUGAGAAGAAUGGUGAAGUACAGAGAUGGAGUGCAGAAACAAAUACCUUUGUCACGGUGAUGAAUGUCAACUCAUCAUGUCAUGGUUUGUUUGUCGAUAUCAAUGAUACUCUUUAUUGUUCAAUGCCUGACUAUCAUCAAGUUGUGAAAAAAUCAUUGAAUGAUUCUGUGAUGGCUUCAAACCUCAUCGCUGCUGGAACAGGUAUUUCCGGAGAUAGGUUAGAUGAACUGGCUGAACCUAGUGGAAUCUUUGUCGAUGUGAAUUUUGAUUUAUAUGUGGCAGAUUGUUUCAAUCAUCGAGUUCAAUUGUUUCAGUCUGGAAAAUCAAAUGGCAACACAGUGGCUGGAAGAGAUACACUGCCUGAAACAAUUGAACUUAACUAUCCUACUGCAAUUAUAUUAGAUGCUGAGAAGUAUUUAUUCAUUAUAGAUCAAAAUAAUCAUCGCAUUGUUGGUUCAAGCUUGAAUGGUUUUCGAUGUUUAGUUGGAUGUUAUGGCGUGGGCUCGCAAUCCAAUCAAUUAUCUAGCCCAUUUAGCUUUACUUUUGAUCGUUAUAGAAACAUAUUUGUUACUGAUACAUCAAAUCAUCGAGUUCAAAAAUUUAAACAUUUAAAAAAGUCUUGUGGUAUCCCAGUAAAUAUCCAGUUAAAAUACUCAUCACAACUAACUGAUGAUAGCCCAACAUAUUAUCGAGAUUGUCAAGUACCACAAUGUCAUUAUGAAACUUCACAAAUUUAUGUUAAUACAACAGGUUUGUAUGUUCUUUGGAGUGAAAAUAAUAUUAACGCAUAUGGAUAUAUCUAUCAAAAUAAUUUCAAUCCUCUAAAACCAUCCGAGAAUUUACUCCUGUCACAUGGCGGCAAAUGUAAUAAUGAACAAUUCAAAUUAAUCAUCGAUCUCGAGAUCAACACUCGAUACAUAUUAGUUGUGACAACACAAGAUCCUAAGAUUAUUGGCAACUUCUCUGUUUUUAUCUCUGGACCAAACAAUAUCAGCCUUAGUCCUUUCAGUCCAGAACUCAGUAGUUGUGUGAUUGGUGAUCAAUGUAACUUUUACAUCAAAGGAAUUGGUUUGACACUUGAUGAUAUUCUACGCGACGAACUUAAACCAAAUACAGUGUUGAAUAAUCAAUCAUUUUCAAUUAAAUUAAGUGCGGCUUUAACAAUAAUUAUGUUUGUUGCAGGAUUAAUCAAUAGUAUUCUUUCUUUUAUUACAUUCCAAAAUAAAGAUUCUCAACAAGUUGGAUGUGGAAUGUAUCUAUUGGCAUCAUCAAUUACUUCUCUUUUGGCAAUUACUAUGUUCAUAAUUAAAUUCUGGUUUGUUGUUCUUACUCAUAUCAAUGUAUCCACUAGUCUCUCUGUUCUUCGUGGAGGUUGUGCAUCCAUUGAACCGAUUCUAAAACUUUUUCUCUACUUGGAUGGUUGGCUUAAUGCUUGUGUAGCAGUUGAACGAGCAGCACUUAUUCUUAAAGGAGUAAAAUUUGAUAAGAAAAAGAGCAAAUCUACUGCUCGACGAACAAUUCUUAUUUUACCACUCUGUAUUCUUGGGACACUUAUUCAUGAGCUCGCAUUUCGUAGAUUAUUCGAAUAUGAAACAGCACCAGAUACGACAAAUACGAAUAAGACUAAUGAAGACACAAUCAAGCGAUAUGUAUCAUGUAUCACUCAUUAUUCUCCUUCAGUCCAAGAUUACAAUACAGCCGUUCUAUUUUUUCAUCUUGUUGGUCCAUUUAUUGUUAAUCUUUUCUCGGCAUUGUUCAUCAUCUUUGGAGGUGCUCGACAACGAUCAAUGGCACGAACUAACCAAAGUUUUAAAGAACAUGUUCAGCUACAAUUUCGCGAACAUAAACAAUUGAUCAUUAGUCCAAUAGUUUUACUCAUUUUGUCAAUACCUCGCCUCAUCAUUUCAUUACUUCCUGGUUGUGCGAAAACAUCUGAGAACUUGUGGUUGUAUCUUGGAGCAUAUUUCAUUUCGUUCACUCCUUCGAUGUUGAUCUUUCUUAUCUUUGUUUUUCCUUCAAAAUCAUAUAUGAAAGCGUUUAAACAAUCUAUCAUUCGUACUCAACGGCGUACCCGUCCGUAA